CCACGGUCCCAUGUUGUUACAGGGUGUAGUUACGAUAUGCGUCUAUCAGUAUACACAAUCUUUGAAUGGAGGUGAGAUAACUAAAUGUGGCGAAUCAACUGACCAUUUUGGUCGAAGGAUCCACCGUCUGCCAAUUAAAGAUGAAGUACCAACAUUACACCCGUCAAUUCCGUCAAUUUAUUUAAGCAUUUUUAUUGUAACGCCUUCUCAAAACGGGGGCGAUACGGUUAUCAGCUAUGCCGGCGGAAAAUUCUAUCAGACCAGGAAGGAAAGUGCUCCAGUUUUGGACGCCAAAACUCAGGGUCUGGGUGAAAGGCAGGUUAAAGAGUACACCAUAGUUCAAAAGGAACUGGAGGCGCUGAAAUCGCAGAUUACCCACAGCCAAGCGGUACUCGCCUCUUUGAAGUUCACGUUUCUAGAGGCUCCUUCAACGGUCAGGUCUUCGGACAAGGUACACAGGACGACGCAAACUCUCCAGGAUUCACAGCCGAAAUCGUUGGAAAAUGUUUCUACGAACCGUGAAAGAAGCAAAGAAUGGAACCAGCUGACCAGUUCCUGUCCGGCGCUUGUUCAUAACAUAGCCAUUCAAACAGAAUUUGUAGACAUAGUGAAAAAUAAUUUGGUGAACGACGCCGAGUAUUUUCUUCCUCCGAUCGGCACCUCGAUAGAUGUAAAGGGCGUUAAGGAACCGAAGUCUGUUGAAGCACCCACCAGCAUCGACUUGGAUAUUUAUAGGUCAUGCAGAAAACUGUCAGUUUUACCAGAAGAGGAAUGUGUGCUGGAAGAUUCGCCUCCUGGUUCGAGGCUGUUACCGAAGUUCCCGGAGCAGCAGGCGCACUCUUUCGAGUCGUACUUGCUGCCGACAUCUUCGUCUUCGGCGCACGUUAUGAGGCAACUGAGUGACCCGACCACAUCCAGAAGCACACGAAGACCCCUUCAGGUGUCCUCCAGUUCUUCGACCGCGCCGAAGGUACAGGAUUCAGGACUGGGCUCGGAAGUCCGCAUAGCCUCGCCGACGUUCACGACCUUACAAGACACUCUGACCCAGUUGGUGAACAUUUCUUUCGCCUCGGACCAAGAGGGAGACCUCUCGCUCAAAAUGCCGGUGACGCCCCUUUCACCGGAAACGCCUUUUAAGACGGGGGCGGAUGUCACUCCCAACUCUCCCAACAGGAACUCGUCUUCCGACACCUCGCUCUCAUUCCAGACGCCGACCGAGAUAAGCCCCGGCAAUGAGUCGCCCAUCGGCAUCUCAACGAACGAUAAAAUCACCGAGCCCCGACGGGAAAAGGAGUCGGUCACAGUCCUCGUCGAUGACAAGCCGUUGAUCCUGGAACCUGCCAAGGACUCCCUCGCCCCAGGACCCACCGAGUUGUCCCGAGUGCCUUCAAAGAGGCGGCUCGUCCGUUCUUUGGCCAGGAUCAGCUCGGAAAUGCCGCUCGAUCUCCCCUAUGAUGGUCCUGAAACCUCCACCAGCGAACCUUUUGGAAAUGGGGCAGAAGUGAAUGAGUUGACGGACAGCAAGCUCGAGAUGGAACAGAACCAAUCCGUUUUCCCGAACCUGAGCGACAGCGCCCUCCGCCAGCUGGGCCUCUGGAUGCAGUCGAACACAGAAGAAAAAGAAGCUGGCCCUGCAGAAGAAGAUAUUGAACACAAGUACACAUCGCUGGUGUUGGCGUUUAAGACUGAUAAACUCACAUUGUCGAGGAGGCUGGAGUUGCAGCAUAAACUGAGAGACCAAGCUGAAAUUAACAUGACACACGAGGUAGACGCCCUUAAAAGUGCAAUCCAGUCGCUGAACGAUAUUUGCACAGACGGAGAAAAAUCGGACCUUUUCAACAAAGUCAGCCAGCAGGUCGAGACGCUGUACAGUUCUGCGAUUAGAGUUUCGAGUACAUCAGAGCUUUACGGGGCAGUUCAACAAGAGAACAGAUUGUCUAAAGCGGUAGACGUGGUUUUGAAGCACGUCGAGAACCUGAAGCAAAUGUACGAGAAAGAGAAGAACGAACAUGAAGAAAUGAAGAAGCUGAUGAAAGACAACAACAAGACACCUCAGAACUUGACGGUUUCGAGUCUGAAAAACGAUGGUAAAAGGCGUGCGUCCAUAGCCACUCUGCACCAAGGCCAAAACCUGACAGAGCAAUCAAACACUACAGCUGACAGACGAGGAAGUUCUUCAAGGCGAGGCUCACAUAUUAGAAGAUCUGGUUUUGCAAAAACAGAGCCUCAAGGAGACCAUUGUAAAACAAAUGACAAUGGCCAGAUGAACAAGCUGUGUAAACAAGGUCGUUGUAGUUCGAACAACAACCAUCUCCUUGCUACCGAAGAACAGCAAUACAGCGGCGACUCUCAUUUGAACUCUUCGGAAGGUGAAACCGAUACAGACGAUGAAUUAGGCUACGAACAUUCGGAAGUGAGACAGGAUGCCGAGGUUCAAAAGAAGUUGCCGCAGAAGUAUAAAUUUAGAAAAAGAUCUUCUUUCUGUGCUCCGCCUUGGAUGUUAAAGCUGAUGGGUUAUUUAGAAUGGCUCCAACCAUAUGAAAAUUAUGCUCUUCAAGCUAGGUAUUUUAUAGCUGGUGUGUUCGUCUUCUUUGCGAUAGCGAUAGUCUCAUCUAGUUUCUUUGUGACUCCAGACUUGUGAAUAACAGUUGAAUAAAAAUGUGAUAUGUUAAUUUACCUGCCGAAUCGAAGAAACUAUAAUUGUGGUUAGUGUGUUCGUACCGUAUAGGGUGCGGCUCAAUUGAAAACCAUCAGAUCCCAGUUAUCUUAAACCCGCCUUUGAAUCGUGCAAUGUGUAGAAUACCCUCCAUUAGAAUUAGAAUUAGAAUCGGUGACAAAAACAUGCAUAAAAUUGGUUAGAGUCAUAAAAUGUUUUCACAUAAUAAAUGUUCCAAAGUAUGUAAUCAAUCACUUGUGUAUUUUUCCAUGCAAGUAUUAUUUGAUGUUUUCUAUUGAAAUAUAUUAUUUGUUUAUAGGAACACUUUAUAUUGUAUUGUACACAGUGGAAAAUUCUGUUUUAAUAUCUCUACUGAAUUUAAGACAUAUUUGAUAAUGGCAUCUUUCCUUAGAACAAUAAUAGGAAAUAAUAUAUUUUUCAUAGGAUGUUUGUUAUUAAGUUAUAUAUUUCUAUAAUGAUUGGAUAAAUUAAUGAAAAAAAUGCAAUGACAAUAUCUUAAAUACAAGUGUAUUAUUAUUAAAAAAAUCUUUAAUUAAAAAAAAAAGAAAGUGUAAUUUAAAGCAUACAAUUUUGGCUCAAGUCCAAAAGGUUCCGUGAUGAGUUGUGGACCAAACUGUCAAAUAAACUGCCUAAAAUUAAAUUAAAAAUCUAUCCAAUGUCUUAUGAAUGUAGACUUUUUAAACAGAUUACUCAUAUAUGCGGAUAAAUACCUCAUCGGUAUAUAUGAAUUGAAAGUCAAUAAAAGAAAUUGGGAACAAGCGAGUCGAGAGCUUUAAUUUUGGAAAUGUAAACUGUUAUUAGAAAACUUCUGAUUCCCUUUUAAAGGUUCUCGUAUUGUUCAGUCCAUGCAUUUGGUAUUUAUGCCAUCCUAAAAUGUAUCUAUCCAUUGUUAAAACUUACAUUUAUUUUUAUGUGGUUGUAUUUUUAAAAAAUCUAACAACUAACUUUAUUAUUCUCAAUUGUAUGUCAUUUUUAAUUUUGAGCUCGUUAUUGAAAUGUAAUAAGUCAACUGUUAUUGUCCAUUAUUGGGAAACAAAAUUAUGUAAAUAUAAAUGUGGUAAAUAGGGUG